CAGUGUAGCUCCGCGCUUUCAUCACUUUCACUGUAUAGAUAACUGCAAUUGCUGGAUACAUACACGCGAAAAUUUUCACUUGCAAACACUUUGGGUAGAGAUUUGGUUAGCUGCAGUGCGUUUGUUACGAAUACCUUUUGAAAAAUUGCAAAUUUAUUCAAAAAAUUAACAAAUUUCGAGAAUGCCAACUGCUUUGGGAGCGGCUUUGGCGAUGGGAAGGAUUUGCCUGAUAUAAUGUCUGAUACCUUCAAAAAUCAACUUGUCAACAUGGGCACUCGCGCAGCUGCUUUCCAAGCAAAAUUGCGAUGUCUCCACGAUUCGCAUGUACGCCUGCUACAAAAUACCCAACCCGCGCCCUCUGGCGUCGAUAUUGCUAACAAUAUCAAAUACUUUUCUCAAACCCUACUAACUGUCCUCAAAGAUGUACGCACCUCACCACAUGAACUUAUACGCGACCCCUCCGAGGAUCCCACACGCAUGUCAGCCUAUCCAAAUCUCGAAUACGGUAACCUUUAUAAUGCCCUAACAAUGCUUAUCGACGUGGCGCCGUGCAUACAAUAUGGACAAAUCGCGUUUGGAAAGGCUCUGUUGCAGUGUCUUUGCUGCAUACUACCUUUUCUCGAUAAGGAUUUAAUUGAUAAUUUACCCUAUUUGGCCAGCUCUACUAUGUCUGUACUACCACCAGCUCUACAUCAGGAUAUCGUUAAUGCACUAUGCUACUAUAUUUUACCAUUUACUAUAACCCGGCGGAGCGCUGACGAACAAGAAUGUCAGGCAUGUCAGGCUGUCUCUUCUGUCAUCAUGAUGGUUCUUCAGUACUCACAUAAUCCCGCACAUCAUUGCCAGCUACUAGAAUGCCUCAUGACUCUCAAGCACAACGUUGUAAAGGAUAUACUUUGUGUUAUUGCCUAUGGCACCGCUAUAUCACGCUCUUCUGCAGCCAAGCUACUAUUUUACUAUUGGCCAGCUUUCGAUCCCAAUUUGUUCGAUCGUAAAGUGUUGCUGUCGAAAUUAACAAACGAUAUGGUACCCUUUGUGUGUCAAUGCGAACAGUGUCCCAAUGCUGGCAAUGCGGAGGCGGCCAAAGUUUGCUUCGAUCACAGCAUCAGCAUCAGCUAUGCCCCUGAAUGUCCGCCCCCGCUGUAUCUCUGCAUAGAAUGCGCCAAUGAGAUCCAUCGCAAGCAUGCUAACCUCGGAUUCGGUGACAUUCUCCAUCCCAUGCAGCAAGUCUCCAUGGUAUGUGAGAAUAAGAAUUGCCGCUCCACCGACAAGGCAGCCUUCUCGAUCUGUUUCUCCACCGAGUGUGCCAGCUAUAAUGGAAACCACCCGAUACGUUACUGCGCGCAAUGUCACAGCAAUCGACACAAUUCGCGACGCGGUGGCGAUCAUGUGGUGCAUCGUAGUCUCCAAAUCAUCUGGCAGAUGGAUCCCGAGAUUCAGAUGCAUAUGGUGGAGUCCGUGAUUAGUUUGCUACGCGAGGCUAAGCCGCUCAAUUUUGAGCCCGGCAAGGAUGGUUCGGAUGCGAAGAAGAACGGUGGCAACGGCACACCAGACACCAUAUCGCUGGAAGAGCGACAAAUGUUGGGUCGCUAUGGCAUUUGGUUGUUGGUGGGCCGCUGCACGCCGACACCCGAAAUGCCAGUCGAGGUGCUGGGACGCAUACUGAGUAUGCUGUUCCAUUGGUUCCACGUGACUGCGUGCUCGUAUGAUGUGGCUAGUCAAAUUGAGAGCACCAUCGAGAAGCUUAAGGUAGAGCAUGUCUGCAAUUGGUUGAAAGAGAUUUGCCGCAUACAUUACAAUGUUUUCAUCUCCUGCCUGCUACCACAUCCACCAGAGUACGCACGCGUGGGCGGACAUUGGGAGACGUUAGCUUCGCGUACCAGUCAUCUCAAAGAGGGCUUACAGCGUCUCAUCUGCUUGGUGCCCUAUGAAGUUAUUACUUCUGAAAUCUGGGACUAUGUCAUGCCACACUGGAUGGAAGCUAUCACCAACGAUGUAGGCGAAAAGGAGCUACAUGAACUGAAAAUUGUGCUGAGUAAAAUACUUGAUCCCGAAAUGUCGCCACUCGGCUUUGACGCCAAAACCAUGUACAACUUUGUGGCCAUACGCUUCGAAAAAACGACUGCAAAGGUCCAACAGCAAGCCUUGCAUUGGUUACAGAUACUCACAAAGCUGGGCAUUCUUAUACCGCUGGUGCAGUUGUUCGCCAUGUUCGGCGACGGUGUACGCAUCAUGAAAUAUGGCGUUCAACAUGAGCUAAUGCGCGAGAAGGAGGGUCAGGCUAAGAGCCCAAAGACACCAUCAAAGGAGCAGAAGAAUGAAUUGGGCAAUCCACCACGACGUAGCUCGAUUUCUCCCGUUGUCGAAGAUGAUUCGGGCAACACAUCCGCCAUUUCUGACGAUGAAGCACCUACUAAUCGACACACGGAAUUCUCUACCGAUGCCGAACAUAAUCUCACUUGCUGCAUUCUAAUGUUGGAUAUAUUGUUGAAGCAAAUGGAGCUGCAGGAUGUCGAACAGCACAUGGGCAUACACACUAGCGUUUGCGAGAAUGUUUCACGCUUGAUUAAGUGCAUGGUCACAGCGGCACGUGUGGGUCUGAGCAGUCACGUUUGCUCACUUAAGGUGGCUGAAUGUGCUUACUGCGAAGCAUCCAUCAUGUGGCACCAACUAUCUACCAAAUUGGUACAAUUCAUGGCACCACUUAAUCCAGUUCGACCCCCAGAUGUUCCAAUUGAAGAUAUCAUCGAAGAGGAAAAAUCCUCACGUAAAAGUCCGCCCGAAAGUGAUAAGGAGAAAUCACGUGAUCGCGAUAUAUCGCUUUCAAUGGCGCCAUUGCCCAUACCAUUGGGUCCACUAGGCGGUUUUGCAGACAUCUUAAAGCUAGAUCAAUUCUUUUCAGACGAUGGGAAAAUUAUAAUUAUGGCAGGACCAGUGCCAGUUGCAGUGCCACAGCCGGAACCACACUCCGUGGGCGGAGUGCUCGUACAUAUGCCGCACGUUUGUUCCAAUAACGAUAAUGGGCAUUCAGUUGAUAGUAUUGAAUUGAGAAAAGUUCACGCCACAGACGAGAUUAUGACCGCCACAGUGGAGACGGUUUCCGAGCAAUUGGAUCUGGCUUCCAUUUUGCCUGCGGAUAGAGCUAUAGCACGUUCUAUAACGCUCUCCGAUGCAGACGUAGGUAGCGCCAAUGUAAGUGUAACCAAGGCAUCGGUUAUUGGAGAGAAUGGCGGUGCAAAUGGCAGUACUGGUGGUGGAGUUGGUGAAAAUGGCAGCGUAUCGGAUGAUGAGGACGAUGAAGAAGAUGGCGAAGAUUUUUGGCAUACAUCGGUUGGUAAAUUUAAAUUUACCUUAGAUCAAUUGCCACAACCUCUACAGUACAUACAUCAACUUUUGACGGAAAUUCCUACUAUCAAGAAACCGGAAAUUCUCUAUUAUAUACUACAAUGUCUCAAUGUAAUGACACUACAUGGCGAUGCUUUGGCUAAAGCAGCACGCGAGCAUCGUGGCUUUUUCAUAUGGUGCCAAGAAAAUUUAUUAAUUAAAAACCUCUGGGAACUUUGCAACGCCGAGCAUUCGCACAUUUGUCAGGCUGGCGUACCACUACUACUCCAUUGCAUAACCCUACCACUGGGUUCGGACGUAUUUUGGCGUGUCGUGCAGGAGGCCUUUCACGACACCGACUGGCGUGUACGAUUCACAGCAGUGGAGCGAGUCACCGUAAUUACACGUUUCAUGGACUCGACCCCAUUGCGCACCGAAGUCGGACUGCAGACGGCGCUCGCUACGGCAUUCUGUCAUCUGAUCGCCAGCAUGGACGACAUCAAUGUGUAUGUAGCGCAGCGGGCGACGCUCUAUAUUGGAACCAUACAUGACAUGGCAAUUCGGUCACUACUCUUCUGCUUGGAAUCGCAAUUCGAUUUGUUCAUCGUGGAUCGUCCGGUAGUUUUACAAUCUGUCUAUCAGCUACAUAAUUCGCUAUCCGAUCGCAGAAUUCUCACUUGGGAAUUCUUUUUGAAUCGUUUCGACACGUUAUUUGUAGAGGCGCAAAUUAAUUUGGAGAAAUGCGGCGAUAUUUCGUACCUACGCGAUUUACGUAAUUCCGAGAAUGGCAGUGAGGCACUAUCGUCCAAGAUAUUGAAAGCGCGUGAGGCGCUAAGUCAAUCGGAUACCAGCGGCAGCAUGGCCAAAACGCUUAGUGCUUCAUUUGGUACCAAGUGGCCGUACAAGCGUACAAUGUCUGCACCUGCGAGCAUGAUACCACGACAGGAUUCCAAAUUUGUUCCAGAAAAGGAGAAAAUCUACAGUCGACAAAUAUCAGCGCCUAUACUCAAGCGGAAGACAUCACGUUUCGGUUUGGGUCAGUUUUUAGGCUCUAGCGGCAACCAUGCCAAUGUUACUAGUCAUAGUUAUGCAACCACACAACACCAUAAUCGCGCCGGUCACGCCCACUCCCAUCCAUAUGCCCAUCCACACUCCUCACAACCAACCGCUUCGUCCAAACAACAUUCUUUUGUCUCUGCCACCACGCACCAUUGCCCUGUCCACAAUCCCACUCAAUCCACUACUACAAUCACCGCCACUACCACCACAUCCGCUCCUCAUAGCCACUUCUUCUUCUCCUCCCAUUCACCAUCCAUAUCCACCACCACUUUUGCCGCGCAUUUUGCGCAUUUCACCAGUAGUAGUGCACAUCCGCCAUCAACAUCCCAACCACAAUCAGUAGCUACAAUCUCAACGUUAGCCUCCUCCGCAUCUCAUAGUCAGAGUCAUCAGUAUUUAGUGCAUUGCGUAGCGCCUACACCUAGUCAAACGUUUACAGCACACAGUCCAAUGCCGACGUUGCGUGAAGCUGAGCCGCCGCAAUCGAGUGCGCAAAUGUUGUCAACACAAAAAUCGUCACUACCACCACACCAGCCGCAUCACGCCUCCUUUCAUUCACACUUCCAGAAACAUCCCUCCGCACCUAAUCUCUUGCCGCCGCCAUCUGUUACAGCGGUGCCUAGUCCCAGUCUCACGGCUUCAGUCAAUCCGCUACUCCAUUGCACGUGUGACACUGGUGGCGGCGCUACAGGUGCCAGCGGUAUUGGUGGUGGUGGAAGUGGUGUUGGUGGUAGUGGCUUCGGUGGUGGCGGCGGCACCGCCACUAAUGCGCCUACAUCGGCACACCAAGACGGUCAUAUUCACUCGCUAGGCGGCAUUAAUGAUGACAACCUUAUCGGCCUGCUGAGCCGCAUUACCGAGCUGGAGGAAUCCGAUCGUGAAACCAUACAUCUGCUGGUUUUCUUGCUUAUGCAGUUUAUGUCACGCACCGAUCAGGCAUUCCCCUCGGAAGAUAAACCCAUCUCCAAGACGCAAAAUAUUGUGCUCAAACAUUUAUUUUUGCUUCUGGGUCACAAUCAGAUCGACAAGACUUUCCACACAACACCGGAGAAUCUACGCGCUUCGGCAGUUUUCAAUGCUUUUCUUGCUAAUCUACCACAAGUAUUGGAUCAAAAUCACUUGAUCGGCGGUCUUAUACUUCCCUCGGUUAUGCAGAUCAUAUUGUAUGCGCCUAAUCCUAGUAACACGGCUGCCGAUUGCUACCAAAAUUUGGUGUUCAACUACUCGCUUUGGUAUUUGGAACAAUAUCCACGUCGUAAUUGGAUGCUUACCAUUCUUGUGGUGCUCUACAAGUAUUCAUAUACCCAGCCUCCGCAUAGUGCCUAUGUCAUUUCGGCUAUGCGCAUGGUUAUGAACAGUUUGCGCAACCAUUUCCAUCAAUGUCGUCGCAUACCGACUACUACCAUAUUGGACAUACAAGGCACAUCGCGUUCGCGCGACGUUAGUCAACCCUCGCUGGGCACAGAUCCCGAUGAUAAGGAUCCCAGUCCACCGGCCAGUCCAAUGUUUCCCUCGGAGGGCACAAGCGCAGCCUCUAAGAGCAAGGGACAGAAUGUGGCUUUUACACCGAAACUACAGCACGCAUUCCGCAAGUAUAAUGACUCCAGCCUAGAGGCCGAUGAAACGGAAUCGGAACUGGUUGCGAUACCUGAAAGUGAUUUGUCAGAUAGCACUUUGCAUGGCAGCAGCGCGCCGGGUUCAUUUGAUGAUACCGUGCACUUCGAAGAAACACCGCUUGGUAAGGCAGAUAUGCAGAGAGUACGCGGCCCGCGUGCAAUCGAGUAUGAAGAGAAAACCAUGAAGCCACAUCACAAGUCCAUGAUUACUACCAAAACCGGCGACACUUACACAACAAAAAUUAGAACAUCGGGUGCACAAGAAGCCGUUAGCACCACAGUCGUUACCACGCAUGCGCGUCAUAGUUUACAGGAGGGCGUACGCAUGAUCGUUACUCCGCUAGUGGGCGCCGAUACCGCUGCCGAGACGGCUAUUGUCAGUCCACCCGUUGAUGUGCACCGCGCCAUCACAGUGCGCAAUAAGUCACUUGAGACUGCAGCCGCCUCGACAUCGAAGAUGUUUGCCGCGAUUGCCACGAAUCAUUUGAAAGCUUUGGGCGCCCUGCAAGAUAUACAAACCAAGUCUAGCGAUAGUAACUCGAAGUCGCUAACAUCCAGCAAUGGUAAUCGAUCGACCAAUAGCAGCACUGAGAGCUCAGACAAGCGACAACAACAACAACAACAACAACAGCCAUGCACUUCACAACAAACACAAUUGCAGCAACAACAGCAGCAGCAUCAGGCUGCUACUUCCAAGAAGCCAAUUGGUCGCCACAAGACCAUCGUGGAAUGCAGUGCUGGCACUUCUUCUUCAUCUACAGGCACCGAUGACUCGCGUCUCAGCGCAAAUCACAAGAAACCCACGGGAAAAUCGCUAAAACGCUCCGAUAAAGCAUACGGUUCCCCCGAUUCGCCACUCUCCAAAAUGAGUGUCAUGCCUAAUCCAGUCGAUGAGAUGGACGCCGCCAAGCUGCCUGCACCGAAAAGUAUAGCCGCACUCGAAAUACCCACACCAGAACGUUUAUUACCGAUUGGCACACACGAGUCUGUUGGUGGCUUGGUUGAUCGCUUGCGCGAGGGUCUCAAUAUACCAGACAUCAGUCACCUCAAACAGGACAGCCUCGAUGUGUCUGAGAGCACCAAGGAUGAUGUGACGCCCAGCAGUCGUACCACAUCACCACGUCGCCUCAUUAAACAGGUGGCACUCGAAUCGCCACCAAAUGCAAGCGGCGCAGGACAACAAGAUCUACACUCUUCGAUAUUAAGGAGCGUCACACAGGAAGUUAAACCCGCCAUUAGCGUUGCGGCUGCUACAAGUGCGGGUGGAAUGCAUGCAGCGGGUAAACCAGAGCCACCAAAACGUCCACGUCAGAAAUUGGCACCCUUCAAUGUCGAUGCUAGCGCUAUACCAGACAUACGCUCACGUUUUGCUGGUGCAUGGCCGCCACCACCUUAUCAGCCGCCAGAAGAGCUGGACGACGAUGCGGAAGAAAGUAAUGAGAACGGUAAUGGACAUAGUAGUGCAGCAGCGCAACCGAAUCGUGUGAGUACACGCCGAGUUGGUGAUUAUACAAUUUGUGAUCGUUGCACUGAUUGUGGUGCCCUCAUCGAGGAAUAUACUGAUGAAGAUAUUGGCAUAUUAAUUGUCAUACUCGGCACAUUCAUACAUCGUGAACCGGCAAUGGCAGCACCAUUUCUACCAGAGAUAUUAACGCUCACAUCAAGAAUCUGCUUAACAUCCACACACUCCUGGCAGGGCGAGAAUGGACCAGCACUGGUUUGCAGCGCACAAGCUGUGUCCCUACAAUUCAUACGUUGCGUGCUACAUCAAUUGGCGCCCAACGGCAUCUUCCUGCAAAUCUUCCAAACGCAAGUAAAAAUGAAAGUGCGUCACAACUCAUUCCGCAGCAUUGCUCGCGCACUGCAGGACUUCCAGGAGCUCAACGCCACACAUCCUAUUUAUAUGGUAUGCGAAUCGUUGCAAUCCAAAAAAUCGCUACCGAUCGAGCAGCUGCCAGUAAUCUUCCGCAACAUGGCCGAGUAUUUGCACUGUGUGCCCACAGAGCUGACCACUGGACCGGGUGUAUGGCAGCAGGCCAUGCAAGCGAUGGAAUCGCUGCUGCGGCAAGUCAUUGUAUUGCUACCAAAUCUGGGCAAUCCAGAACAUUUGCUCGACAUAAUGGUGGCCACACUGAAGCUGAACAUUGUGCCAAAAACAUUGCUGGAUCCCUACUCAAAAAUAAUUGGCUUUUGCGUGCAGAAUACAAAUUUGGAAUACAAUACCAUAUACGAGCUCUGUACGUUGAAUAUGCGUUCGUUUUCGAAGGAUCGCGACAAAAUGCUACUUUGUCGACAAUUGAUUUUCGAAUUUGUGCAAGCCUUGAAAUUCAAAACUAACAUUCCCGAUAAUAAUUUGCUGAUGAUCAUUGGGUUCGUGUUGCACGAUGCUGGUGGUACGCUGCCGCCUGGCACACUAGCUGGAUUGCCGGAGACCGCACCACCGUUGAACACUAAUGCGGCAGAUUGCAUGCGACAGUAUGUAAAUGAUGUAAUUGAUUUUCUGGCGGACUUUCAUACGCUGAGCAAAAUCAAAAACUUCAAAAAUGGACACGUCCAAAACGGCCUAGGCGAAGAUACGCUGGGUGGCGUAUUGAAGGGUGCAGUUGCACAAUAUCUGGCACUGGAGAUGUCGCGCGGCAAUACACGCGACAACAAAAGCAGCUCGCGUUAUCUGCCUUGGCUCAAUAAUGCGCCCUCAUCGCUGCAGCAGGGUCCUAAAGAGUUCACCGAAUGCGUUGGCCAUAUGCGCCUACUCUCGUGGCUGUUGCUUGGCUCGCUGACACACCUAGCGCUGACUCAACGCCGCCACGAACAUCAUACCACACCCAUGCCGCCACAGCAGGUGCCACCCACUGUGCCACCAGCCGCAGUACACUAUCAGCAUCAUCAUCAACAGCCCAGCGCCGCAGCGCCCAUUGCCAUGCCAGUCUCACAGGAGUCCUCUUGCCACAUUGCCGAUCAUAUUCAAGUUAUUUUCGCUGGCUUUGCUGAGCAAUCGAAGACUUCGGUGCUCCAUAUGUCAUCACUUUUUCACGCCUUCACGCUGUGUCAAUUGUGGACCGUGUAUUUGGAGCAUAUCGCGCGUACCGCCAGCAAUGCGGAGGGCAAUACGAUGGGAGUACUAUUUGAAUUUUGGGCUAAGGUUACGCCGUGUAUAUUACAGCUGGUUUCGCAUGCGCGCCCAUCGAAUCAGAGUACUGGUGCUGGUGUUGGAGGUGGCGGUAUUGCUGAUUUUACACAAAACCCAAAUGCGAAGCUUUCCGAAAUGGUGAAUCUUCACUUUCUUAGCCUACUCGAGGCGCUCAAAGAAACAAACUCUACCAUAUUAGGCAAACUUUUGCCACUUUGGAGUCCUGUCUUGUCCUCGCAAACCCAGCUAUCCGACACUCUACACGUACGCCUACAAAACGUUCGCGAUUAUGCACCAAACUACGAGGAACAACAGACUCAUCCCUCGGAUGCAUUACUAAAAUGGCUGCAGCGACUACAAUUCAAAAUGGGUCAGAUCGAACUACAAGCAUCCACAGCCACACAAUUUUAUUCAAUUUAAGAUAUACUAUGCAUGUACGAAUGAUUUAUGAUGUAUUAGAAAUUUUACAAAUUUGUGUACUUUAUCGUGGGACGAAAGCACAGCUUUCAACAAAAUAAGUAUUUACGUGUAAAAACACCACCUUUUAAGCUUGAAUGUUAUACAAAUGUCUCAAGAACUCAACAUAUGUAGGUGUGUGGUUAAUUGUUGAACCAUGUCGUUAAUAGUAAGUAGUUCGACUAAUAAAUUAACAUCCAAAUAAUCAGAA